UAGUUCUGUAUUUCCAAUUGCUUUAAUUUUAACACUAAAAUUUUCUAACUACCAUUUGAUCAACAAAUAAUGGAGGCUUUUUUGGAAGAGUUUCAACAUCUUAGAAUCCAACUGAAAGAGAUAAAGUCGGCCACUGGUAUCUUUGAUGAGGACAAUGUUAUUGGAAAAGGUGGAUUCGGGAAGGUGUAUAAAGGAAUACUCUCUCACUCUAGAGGGCAAGGAAUUGUUGCUUUUAAGCGUCUAGAUCGUUACUAUGGGCAAGGAGACCUUGAGUUUUGGAAAGAGAUCAUGAUCCUUUCCCGUUACACACAUGAAAAUCUCAUCUCUCUCCUCGGAUUUUGUGAUGAGGAUGGUGAGAAGAUCCUUGUAUAUGAGCAUGCAUCUCAUGGUAGCCUCGAUCACCAUCUGGGUACUUCUACUCUAACAUGGAAGCAACGCCUCAAGAUAUGCCUUGCGGCUGCAAGGGGGCUAAGGUACCUUCAUGAUCCUAAGGAGACACAAAUUAGAGUUCUCCAUCGGGAUAUAAAAAGUUCCAACAUUCUACUUGAUGAGAAUUGGAAUGCAAAAGUUUCAGACAUGGGAAUGUCGAAAAUAGGACCCGCUAAUCAACAUCACACGCUUCUUGUCUCCAAUGCUACAGGUACCCUUGGGUAUGUAGAUCCGCUAUAUAUGGAGACGAGCAUCCUAACAAAAGAGUCGGAUAUAUACUCUUUUGGUGUGGUUUUAUUUGAAACACUAUGUGGGAGACUAUGUUUUGAAUAUAACAAUCUUCAUUUUCAAUCUUUAGUGCCAAAGUGGAAAAAAAGCUACAAAGAAAAUAAAUUAGAAGAUGUUAUCUUUCAAAAUAUAAAGGAACACAUGGACCAGAGGUCAUUGGAAAUAUUUAAAGAGAUUGCCUAUCGAUGUUUAAAGAAAUCUCGUAAAAAACGGCCAACGAUAUAUCAAGUUGUGGAAAACCUUGAGAAUGCGCGUUGGUUGCAGGAGAUCUCUGAAGUGGUAGAACAACCAAUAUACUACCAAGAGAUGAGUAAGACAAUACCUCUUAUUGUCUAUAGAUCCAAAGAGGAACUCAAGAUGCUUCUCUCCAAUGGAAUCCUUGUUAACGGCGGCAAAACGUGGUUUUGGCUAAAUAAGAAAGGAGAACACUGUGAAAUGAUAUCUGCAGCAGAAUGUUUCAUUCCUACUGUCUCUGCAUCUCCUGUGUAUAAAUAUGAUGGUCCAGUAAAAUCAAGAUUUGUAGUGGACCACCAUACCCAAUUUUAUUGGGAAUUCAAAACACAUGUUAGAGCACAAUUUUUAUCACCACAUGUCACAUACAGAGUAAACCUUGUGUUUGAUUUUAACUACACAAGUAUGGAGUAUUUAGGCUUCAAUUACAUAUUACGUGGGGACACAAAAUCUUGGACUUCGUACGUUGUAAAUAAGAGAGAAGAUGGAUGGUUGAUGGCUGAAUUGUUUGUGUUUACGUGCGAACGGAGAAAUAUUGAUCUUGAAAUUACAUUUGAUUGCCAUUGUCCAUUGACAAUUGAAGGCAUCGAGUUUCAGCCCCUUGAGAGGGUGGAGCAUGAACUGUUCGAGGAUGAUGAUGUGGAUAUGCAAACCAUUUCAGAUUCAGACACAUAUUGGGAACAAAAAUUGCCAAGUAAUUAUGAGGACAUACUUAAAUUGUCAACACAUACAGUGCAAUGCACAACAAAGAAGGAACUCUACUUUAUUCUUCGUAAAGGGUUCCUAAUCAAUGAUGGUAAAGAGUGGUUUUCUCUUGCAAAAAAUGGGAUGUGUCAUAUGUUAUCAGCAAGAGUGGCUUUCCAUAAAUCUGAGUGGAGUUGGCUAUCAUUACCCCGAUCAAGAUUUAUAGAAGUUGCCUUCCGUCCUCGUGGCAGCUUUUGGAUAUACUGCCGAUCCAAUAUGUUGUCACGUCAAACAACAUAUGCAACUUACCUUGUUUACAGAUUACGGAAAAAUCAGUCUGAGCCUCUUGUGAAAGUGAGUGGUGGUGUUUUCCUUGGAGGUCCGUAUAGUUAUGAGAAUAAUUAUUCAUGGUAUAUCUAUUUACUUUGUCCUCAAACCCCAAUUAUUAGAGGAAAGUAUUAUGAAAACACCCACAACCCAUGGAAAAGAGAAAAAAUGAAAGGCCUUCCACAACAAAGGAACGAUGGUUGGAUGGAAGUACAGUUGUGGGAAUUUCGAACCGGUACUAGGGAUGCAAAAGUUUGGGCGAAUCUUCGCCUCACCCUUUACGGUAAUAUGCCUCGUAAAGGGCUUAUUGUGCAAGGCAUUGUGUUUAAGCCUAUAUAGGUUCUCUUUUUGGGAUAAUGCGGACAUCUAUGUGAUGUGGUUGCACUAAAGUGUAAUACACUAACACUCCCCUCAAAGAUACACCGGCUCGACGAGGUCAGACAAUGAUGUGUUUAGUCAUGUGGUUUUGAAAGUCGGUUUUGAUACUUUGUAAGAUAUACGUGGAGCCCAAGAUUGUCUCUCCAAAUUAGUCGUUGUGGAGAGAAAGGAGACUACAACAUAUAUAGAGACAUAAGAGCUUGUGGCUUACCAAUGUGAAAUAACUAACAACUAAAUGCUUAUAAUAGGUAGUUAUUUGAAACUGCCAAAAACGAAGGGGUGAGAUUGUUAACAUGAAGAGCUACAAUGGUUAGAAGGGUGGU